AUGUCAGCCGAGGAGGCAGUUAUAUUCCUACGCCCGCCUCCAAGGACGUAUAAGUCCCACGCGAAGACUAAGGCGAAGGCGCGGAUAACGUCGCUCGUUCGUCAGGCGGCGGCUGAAACAAAUGGUGUCAGGGCUACAUUGCACGGUUUGCAUCCCAUACUGGCUUUACUCGAAGCCAGUUCGGCAGUUCCCCUAAGGCUCUCGGAUGAAUGGCAAGGCGCGCUUUGUUGCGCGUUAAUUGGGAAUCAACCCACGUCCUCCGGCUGGCGUAGUCCUUUGGCCUCCACCGCCUCGGUGGCAGCGGAGAGUGACGAGGAGUCUCCCUGGUCUAUGGCAAAACUCGAGCACACUCUGUUCGACGAAUGGAUAGCUUCGCCAGAGGCGCAGGAUAUUCCAUAUCAGCUCACAUUCCACAAACAGGAGACAGCUAAAUUAUCGGACAGUGGUUGGAUCGGAUCGACCUAUUCGCCUAUUUGCUCUCCUACGAUCAUGGUGGACAAACGUGGUGAUGGCUCCGGGGAGCGGAAGAUGUGUAUGGUUGUCAAUUACCAGGCUCUAAAUGCGCUUACGAUAUCCCCUGAUUUUCCACUACCUCCCAUCCAAACUAUUCUGGAGAUGCUGGGAGGCGCCAAGUACUUUUCCACCUUGGAUCUUGAGGCAGGAUUCCAUCAAAUACGUAUGGCUAAGGAAGACCGGUGGAAGACGGCUUUCCGGUCCGUUCUCGGACUAUUCGAGUACCGAGUGAUGCCCUUCGGCCUUAAGGGGAUCAAACCCGCAGAAGAUAAAAUCGCAGCCAUCCGGCAGUGGCCAGAGGUGCUGGAGAACGAAACGCAAGUGCGCCAGUUCCUCGGUACCAUAAACUACUGUCGCAUGUUCAUGGGACCGGACUGUACAGACGUUACCCGGCCGCUGGUUAAUCUCACGCGUAGAGGCGUCAGUUUCGAAUGGACAGAGCUUCACACGCAAGCGGUGCGGCAGCUAAAACAGCGCUUAAUCGACUUCACUACAUUACAAGUCCCUGACACGACGAAACCCUUCGAGAUAUACACAGAUGCCUCUGGCUAUGCGAUCGGAGCAGUUCUCGAACAAGACGGCAAACCCAUCGGCUUCCUCAGCCAAGUCAUGAACCCCACGCAACAGAGGUACUCGAUCUACGAUCAGGAACUCUUGGCGUUGGUCAUGGCACUGGACAAGUGGUCGCAGUUGCUCCGUGUUUCCAAGGUAACAGCUCACGCUGAUCAUCAAGCUCUCACCCAUCUCCAACGACUCCAAGCAUCGAAGUCUCUGCGCGGGCGCACCGCCCGGUGGCUAGACUUUCUUGUGGAGUUCCCGGAUUUGCACAUCACUUAUGUUCAAGGAGCGCGCAAUCAAGCUGUUGAUGCCUUGUCUCGCCGUCCCGGUCUUCCUAACACCUGCUCGCACGACACACCAUCGGUACCACUGAUGCUCGCAAUAGAACAAGCAGCGCGGCUCCCCGCUCUCGUGGUCGUCCUGCCAACUACAGGGAGCUUGCCGGAAUUCGUUCACAACGGCCUCGAUGACGCAGCCUGCCGUCCGCAUCUUCACCUGCGCCGCAGGAACCCAACCCAGAGGCGGAACAUUCUACACUCACAACGAAGACGCCAGCUGACCCUCCUGAUAUCUUCCCCUUACAACGACAGGGCACAACUCGAUUCUUGUGAUGGUCGACUCUCUCAGCUUCCUGCAAAGAAGUCAUUCACAGCAGCAGACACCGUGGAGCUUCUCGCAGACCGUCUUAUCCGCUGUUACGGAUUUCCAGAAGUGCUUAUAUCGGACCGCGACCCCCGUUUCCAGUCGGAUCUAUGGCAACAACUCUGUCGCCACCUUAAUAUCAAAUGGUGCAUGUCCUCGUCCUACCAUCCUCAAAGCGACGUUCAAACUGAACGGGUUAGCCGCACACUCGAGCAGAUUCUUCGUACCUACAUCCAAUCUGACGAACGCGAGUGGCAGCGUUUGCUUUCGGCCUUGGAACUUGCUUACAACACAGCAAGUCAUUCCUCCACCGAGCUCUCUCCCUUCGAGGUCAUGAUUGACGAGAAUCUGCUGGCUGCUGCGAACCUUGAUAUCGUAGGCGCGUUAGCUGCUAUGCUCACUCCUCCGAUGACUAAGCUUUGCCGGCAGCUCUGCGACAGAGCACAGAGCCACAUGCUGAAGGCAAAAUGGCAGCAGAAGUACUACGCAGACACAAAUCGCCGCGCCCUGGAGUAUGUAGUGGGAGGCAAGAGAGCCGAUACCGCCUGGCCCCCUAUCUGCGAUGCGGCAGCCAGUCCAACAGAGGAGGAUGAGGCCGAUUAUAUUAUGGACAAGCGCGGCCCAGGAACUGAUGCCCAGGAUCUCAUCAAGUGGCGCGGUACUCCCGAAGAUCAAGCCACGUGGGAGCCCGCUCACCACCUAACAGGGUGCCCGGCAUUUCUUUGCGCUUGGCAUCGCCGCCAGUGGAGACGUCUUCAGGCUCGAAACCAUCUUGCUCCUUCCGAAGCGUAG